GUGAGUUUUGGUUGUAGAUGUAAACCUCAUUGACAGGUAUAUACCUAGGUACAUAUGUACCUUGGUAUCUUGCCAAAUUAUUGCCCCACUGUCACAGGAGAGCUUCAAAUGGUUUACCUUAGGUAAUGACGUGUAUGUUGCCCCUCGUUCUUCCGUUAGCGCCUUUAUGCGGGAAAUGAAUGGAAUUGGAUGCCUCCUAAUAUUGAUACAAGCUUGUGACACGUCUACGGCAAAGACUAGAAUCAGGUGUUGAUUUAAAUAAUCGAUUGGCAGGCGCACGCGGUCAAACGUUUUAACUCAGGCCUCCAACUUUCUCACAUUCAAUAUUUACAAAUUACAUCUUCAUUCUUCCUAAACUACCUAGGUACCUUAUAUCUCUACGUUCGACUCUAUAAUUUCUUCGUACUCGUAUAUUAUAUUACCCCUCAGUCCUAUUAUUCGAUCAUCAUGGCUUCUAACCGCACUGUUCUGGUGAAGAAUAUUAGCGCAGACGCGAGUGACAGCGAAGUUAAAGACUUCUUCAGCUUCUGUGGCAAGAUCACUGAGAUUAAGGUCACGCCCGGCGAGGGCAAUACGAAAGAAGCCAGCGUCACCUUCGAGAAAGAGACUGCCGCCAAGACUGCGCAGCUCUUAAAUAAUACCCAACUCAAAGGAUCGCAGAUUUCUGUAAUCCCCGCCGAUGGUCAAGUCGAUGAUGGCACCCCUCAUACCACUAAUGUCGACCGGGAUGCCGAUGAGAUUACGCAGGAAGAGAAACCAAGAAGCCGUAUUUUGGCUGAGUACCUUGCCCAUGGUUACGUCAUCGGCGAUGCUGCUCUCCAGCGUGCGAUCGAGCUUGACCACACUCACGGCGUUACCAACCGUUUCAUGAACACCUUAAUGAACCUCGACAAGAAGUACCACGCCACUGAACGUGCCAAGGCGACUGAUCAAUCGUACGGUAUCACGAACCGGGCCAGUAGUCUCUUUAAUAGCAUCAACUCGUACUUCGAGAAAGCGACAAACUCCCCUACUGGCAAGAAGCUAGUUAAGUUCUAUACCGAAGGCCAGCGCCAAGUGCAAGACAUCCAUGCCGAGGCGCGCCGUCUAGCCGAUCUCAAGAAGCAGGAGCAUGGCGGCUCUGCAUACAAAGCCUCAGGGCUUGAGAGGGUUUUCGGCAAGGAGAAGGAACAGACAACACAGCCGACUUCUUCCGGCGAUGCCAGUGCGCCGACGGACCCAUCUGCAGUCCCCGCGCCCGGACCGAAGGCUGGCACGGAGCAGUCUACCCCUCUGAGCACGACGGAAGCUAUUCCCUCGAAGGCGCCUGGAGAUGAGAAGGCCUAAGGAGAUAGGAUGUGAGCAAUCUGAUGCCGUUACGAAUUACCAUGACUCGGAUACUGGGUUUAGUGUAGCUUUAUAUUUGCCGGGUAUGGUAGCUUGAUUGCUUUGUCUACACUUCAUUUCCAUGAUUAACCAGUUCUUCAUAUUUCUAUGUUGUAUGCGGUGGAACGUUUGUGAUUUGUCACUUGAUAUGUCAGAGUCGGUACAACCGGCGCAAUGUACCCAGUGUCAACAAUGGUCUACUCGCUCCGAGUUGAAUUGCAGUGGCAUAUGAGUGAAUUAUGAUUAUGAUGAGAACAUGCGGACAUGGAUUGACGAUUUGGCAGUUUGUAUGGUAAAUUGUUUACAUCCAACCGGAUAAUGUAAUGGCGUAUGUGUUAAAACUAUGCCGUACAUAUUCAUAAUAUGAUAUCCCUUCUAAUAAAAUAACAUGUUGCUUGCUAUACAAUCCCAAAUGUCCCUCAUACCAAAGCCAACUACUUUAUGAUGGCUUUUCAGUUUUCUUAAACUUCUCCGUGACCGCAUCUUCGAGGGGUCCCUUGGGGUUUGAAGCUAGGUU